AUGGAUCCCCGGAUCGCCUGGUUCCAGCCAGAGCAGCUCGGCCCCUCAAACCGCCUGUGGAUGCAGAUCUGGGAGACCACGCAGGGGGUCCGCAACCUCUACUUCCAGCAGCAGCAGCAGCAGCAGGAGCAGCAGCAGCAGCAGCAGAGCGCCCCCGCCGGGGCCGGCCCGGCCUCCCCGCCCGGCAUGUACCGCGCCCCCCGCGCCGACCCCCAGCCCGACUUCCUGCCGCUCGAGAGCGCCAACAACCAGCACAACCGCAGCCACCACCAGGCCUCGCCGCCCCCGGGGGCCGCCGCCUGGGCCCGGCCCGCACGGGGGGGGCCGCCCGCUGCCGCCGCCGCGGCCGCCAGCAACAAGAGGAAGCGUGACAACAAGGCCAGCACCUUCGGGCUCAACUACAGCCUCCUGCUGGGGCCCCCCGGGCAGGGCCGGGCCCCCGCCCUGGGGGACGAGCCGGCCGCCCGGGCCCAGGCCGGCCUGGCCGAGCCGCUCUACACCGGCACCCCCUGGAAGAAGAGGAACUACAGCCAGGGAGUCGUGGGUCUUCAUGAAGAAAUCAUUGACUUUUAUAAGUAUAUGUCUCCCAGACCUGAAGAAGAGAGAAUGCGGAUGGAAGUGGUAAACAGGAUAGAAAACGUUAUAAAAGAGCUCUGGCCUAAUGCAGAUGUGCAGAUAUUUGGAAGUUUUAAAACUGGUUUAUAUUUACCUACAAGUGAUAUUGAUUUAGUUGUGUUUGGAAAAUGGGAGACAUUACCUCUUUGGACCCUGGAAGAAGCUCUUAGAAAGCACAAUGUAGCAGAUGAAAACUCAGUAAAGGUUUUAGAUAAAGCAACUGUACCUAUUAUUAAACUGACAGAUUCCUUCACUGAAGUAAAAGUUGAUAUAAGCUUUAAUGUACAGAAUGGGGUUAAAGCAGCCCAGCUCAUCAAAGAUUUUAUCAAGAAAUAUCCUGUAUUACCAUAUCUAGUUUUAGUAUUGAAACAGUUCCUGUUGCAGAGGGACCUUAAUGAAGUAUUUACAGGUGGAAUCGGUUCUUAUAGUCUUUUUUUAAUGGCUGUCAGUUUCCUUCAGCUGCAUCCCAGGGAAGAUGCCUGUAUGCCCAAUGCCAACUAUGGUGUUCUUUUAAUAGAGUUUUUUGAAUUAUAUGGACGUCACUUCAAUUAUCUGAAGACUGGAAUCCGAAUAAAAGACGGUGGCUCUUAUGUUGCCAAGGACGAAGUGCAAAAAAGCAUGCUGGAUGGCUACAGACCAUCAAUGCUGUAUAUUGAAGAUCCGUUACAGCCAGGUAAUGAUGUUGGGAGGAGUUCAUACGGUGCCAUGCAAGUGAAACAGGCUUUUGAUUAUGCCUAUGUUGUUUUGAGCCACGCAGUUUCCCCAAUAGCUAAAUAUUAUCCUAACAACGAAACGGAAAGUAUAUUAGGUAGAAUAAUCAGAGUAACACAAGAAGUGGCCACAUACAGAGACUGGAUAUCAAAGCAGUGGGGAAUGCAAAGCAGGACAGAGUCUUCGUGUAAUGGUAAUGGAGUAACCUUAAUAGUAGAUACUCAGCAGCUAGACAAAUGCAACAAUAAUCUUGCUGAAGAGAAUGAAGCACUGGGAAAACCUAGAAAUAAAACUUCAGAAACACUUAGUAAACAUUCUUCAAAUUCUUCAUCAGGUCCUUUAUCAUCAUCAUCAUCUACACUGUCCAGCUCUAGUGAUGUAGAUUCUGAUGGAACACCUUGCAAAACCUCUAAACAAUUGAGUUGUCGUCAGUCUACCACAAACAGAGUGGGGUCACAAGAAGUGUCACUGGAAUCCUCCCAGUCAAGUGGGAAAACACAAAAUAGCCAAACAGCCAAUGCAUCCAGCAACACGAACAAAUCUCAGCAUGGAUCUGCACGGUUAUUUCGCUCUUCUAACAAAGGCUUCCAAGGUCCAACAAACUCGAGCCACGGUACCUCAGUCACAAACAAACAACAUCAAGGCAGCAAAUCACACCAUCAGUUUUUCCACGGCAAAAAGAGGAAACACAAGAGGGAUGCGGCCCUUUCAGACCUUUGUAGAUAGUUGCCUAUUUUAUGACUGUUCUUCUGUGUGCAAUGAUCUCAUGCUAUGGGAUAGUUUGAUAGUGACUCCUUGGAUCUCUUCCGGAGCUUCAGACUGUUCAGACAUUGAUUAGCAACUGCAUUUUUUUUUCCCAGCUCG